CGGCAACCACCGGCGGGCGGCCGGCGGCACAGCGCGGACACUUCAGCCGCCGCCAUCCCGCCCCAGCGCUACGAGUGGGCAGGGAGCGCUUCCCGAAUUCUGCCCGCGCAGGGCGGGUAGGGAGGAGCACUCCCGAGUGCCCGGACCCGGGGCGGCCCCAGGGGCGGGCGGUGCAGCCGGAAGAUCCCGCCCCGGUGGGGGCGGCCCCGGGCGUGGCACAGGCCGCGCUGCCCCUUCGCGCUCCGCGCCGCCAUGGUGGGGAAAGCCAAGCGCCCGCGGCUGCACCGCGCCGCCCCCCGGGCCUGGCCCGCCCGGGACCCGCCGCCGCUCCCCGCGUCCGAGCCGGGCCCCGGCCCCGGGAAGGACUGGGACUUCUCAUCUUCUGAUGUCUUUUCUGGGCUGAAGAUUGACCCUGAUACCCUGGUCAAGAAGCUCGACUUGGACUCCAGAAGCAUCACUUCCUCCAGGACAGCUCUCUUCUGCCUUCUGCUGUGCCCCUGAAUGCUUAUUCCUUCUCAACUAAUGAAAGAAGAGGAUGAAACUUGUCCAACCUGUGCCUCAUGUGCCCUCUGGAGAAGAGAGGACUUAGUGAGUAAGCUCUUCAUGGAAGAGAAGUGAUCCUCUUGCCUUCUUGGAAACAUCUCUUCUCCUUGACUGCCCAGAUGGGCUUUCUGUGGGCUUUGGGUUUGCCGUGGCAGCCCUGUACCUGUCAGCUGGGAGACAAACCUCACUGUACAUUUAAUGGUGUCCUGUGGAUGUCCAGCCUCCUUUAAUGUCCUUGUUUCUGCCCCUUCCCUUGCUGUUCUUGCUUCUCCCUUUUCUUACUGUGCAGGAGCUUCAUCCUUAUCUUCCUGUCAUUUGAACCUGUCAUUUCAGCCAGUUUUGGUAUUCUUCUCUUGACCUUCAUGGCUCAAUUCUUUCUCCUUCGCUGUGGAGACAUUUGUGAUGUAAUCUUUUCUCUCCACUCUGUGCCGCGGAAGCUCAUGUACGUAACUCCCACUUAUUGCUGGUCUUGUUUUGUUUUUACCCUGAAGUUACGUAGCUGCACAGUCUACUCAGUUCAGUUUCUGGCUGACGUUGUAUUGCCUGGAAAUAUAAUUGAGUAUUGAUCACAGGGCAUUCAGCUGUCAAAUGAGUUAAUAUAUUAAUUCUGUGUAACAGUGUGUCGCUCCAGUAAUGUCUGUUACCUCCUGGCUUAGGUAGCUUGAGCGUGUGUUGAGAGGAAGGGUGUUAGAGGGACCUUGGAGCAGCAUGCUGUGUUUGCUUUCAGUUUUUGUCUUUUAAUAGUUAUGAGUCCCUUCACCAGUGGUGGUCUGGGCAUUGCUGUUUUGCUGGUGCUGUUGUUUCUUGCCUGUUCCUGCUCGUUAUUCUCUGCUGAUCAUAAAUUUCUAGAAGCCUUUAACUACCUCAGUGGUUACUUCAAAAGCUGUUGGAAGCCAGGUUGGAGUACUCCCAGUUAACAUCACGCUUCUGGGGGCUUCCUGGGAAAGGGCACCACCUCCCCUUCCUCAGACAGAGCAUCAAUCUGUCCUGACCUGAUUCGGGAGCUGAGUAGCUACUUGCUGGUAGAUGCCUUCCUCUGUCAGGCUUCCACAUCACAGGGAGUGCAAAUAAAUUCAACUUGUCCUCUUUACUCCCUGGAGGUUUUCAUUGCUCUGACUCCCUGUCCUAGUUAGGACAGCUGGGACCAGUUCAUCACUGGACGGGUGUAACCCAAAACUGUGUACUCUAUAGCCUUC